AGUCGGGAAGCCUGGUGUUCCGACUGACUUCAGCGCGGCAAACAUCGGUUAUAAAUGCGUAUAAAAAUAGAAACUACAAACCUAAAGCAUUUGUUAAUGUUAUAAAAACAACAAAGACACCGCAACCCCGUUGGUGGGGUUUGGUUUCAGAAGGGAGGCUAUAAUAACACCGUUGAAUGAAACCAAACGAACAGACUAGACGAGGAGGAGCUGCAGUUCCGCCGAGAAACAUUCCGUCCUUUAUUUAUUUAUUUUUCCCCCUUUCUGGAGCUUGAAAAAUGCGGAUGCCGGAUGCGCGAACAAAGUUGUUCAAGUCGCCUAAAAAUACCCUGGAGUUCAGUUUAAUGACGAUUUCGGAUUAGUGUGACGUUUGCAGCACUUUUCUACACAAGUAUCCACCCCAUUUGUUCACGAGUUCACACUUUGCGCCGUGUAACUGCGUGAAACCUUUUCCGGAACUUUCUGUUCCUGUCCACCUCUGGAGUGGUAUGCUGGCCCAUCUGAGUGCGUGGUUCUGGGAUGAGAGGCUGUGGUUCCCAUCGGGCCUUGGCUGGGCUGACCUGCAGGAUCGGGAUGGCCACAGCUAUGCUAAAGGCUCCGACCUUUGGGUCACCUUGCCUAUCGCGCUCGCCUUCCUCAUCAUACGGCAGAUCUUCGAGAGGUCUGUGGCGCUUUGGCUGGCCUCGGUGCUGGGUGUGAGGGAGAGGGUGCGGGUUCAGGCGACAUCCGACCCAACACUGGAGGCGUACUUCUGCAACACAAGUAAACACCCAGCACAGAGCACCUUAGAGAGUUUAAGCAAACAGACUGGUUGUACAGAGCUGCAGAUUCAGAGAUGGUUCCGGAGACGGCGGAACCAGGAGCGCCCCAACCAAAUCAAGAAGUUCAAAGAGGCGAGUUGGAGGUUUAUCUUCUACCUCCUCGCUUUCCUUGCUGGCCUGGUUGCUCUUGUGGAUAAACCAUGGCUCUACAAGAUGGAAGAGAUGUGGAAGGGCUUUCCAACCCUGACUCUGCUGCCCUCUCAGUACUGGUACUAUAUGAUCGAGUUGGGUUUCUACAUCUCUCUUCUCUUCAGUGUUGCAUCAGAUGUGAAGCGAAAAGACUUUAAGGAGCAGAUUGUCCACCAUGUGGCCACCAUCCUGUUGAUCAGUUUCUCAUGGUGUGUGAACUACAUUCGAGCUGGAACCCUGAUUAUGCUGGUGCACGAUGCCUCAGACUACCUGCUUGAGUCAGCCAAAAUGUUUAACUACGCUGGAUGGAGAAAGACAUGUAACUAUAUCUUCAUUGUCUUUGCUGCCGUCUUCUUCAUCACAAGACUUGUGAUUUUUCCUUUCUGGAUAAUGCACUGUACUUGGGUGUAUCCAGUGACCAUCUACCCUCCCUUCUUCGGUUAUUAUUUCUUCAACGGCCUUCUGCUGGUGCUCCAGUGUCUGCAUAUCUUCUGGUUUGCCCUUAUACUGCGCAUGGCCAUCAAAUUCCUCCCUGGAAAUCAUAUUGUGGAGGAUGAGAGGAGUGACAGGGAGGAGACAGACAACUCGGAGGAGGAGGAGGAGGCGGCAGGGCAUCGGAAGGAGGGGCAGGCCAAGAUGGAAAAUGGCCCUUUGCAGAACGGCCACUCCCCCACCAACAAUCAUCACCGCAAGACAGAGUGAUGGGGUCGGGGAGCAGGGGAUAAACACACGUGUAUACACACACACACACACACACACACACACAGCAUGGGCCAGACCUAUAGACUGAGACAGGGGUAGGAGAUAUGCUUGAUGUAAAAUGUCCCCCCCCACACACACAUUUCAAGUGUUAGAAGCUGAACUACCACUCGCUCAAGCACUAAUCCAUAAUGGUCCCUCCAAAUACACUUGAAAUAAAUCACCAUGAAUUGUCUCUUCAGUAUAUGCACUACAUUCUAAGGAAGAAAUGAGACUUGAGGAACUUGAGGCAGUGAAUCCUAUAUGGACUCGCUUUGCCACCCACGCACAGUCCAGCGUAUGACCUGCCAACCAAGUGCCUUGUAAACACUUGCCUGUUCCUGCUUUUUUCUGUCUCGUCACAGCAGAUUGCCGUGCAACCAUCACCCCUGCUGCUCAUGUGAUCGAUUGUCAGCCAGUGGGUCAGCUGCGGGAGAUCACACGCACAAUAUCAGGUGGCUUAUGAGGAAUUUUACCAAAGGUCCUGCAGCCAAGCCAUCUUUCCUUCAUUCCAAGCCAGGCUUGUUUUAGCCUAGCCUUCCGACACAUUCCCAGGCUCAAAUGGAGAAGGUCUGCACGUGCGUGCUCGCCUACGCAGAGAAUACCCCACUCACACUGUCCAUGAGCCAUCCUCACUGAGACGUUCCUGUUUGUGUUGCGCUGUUGUAUUUCGUGUAUAUAUUGCCUAGAUCUGCUGCACACUGCCUUUGUCCUAAAGGUUACCUUCUAUGAACAGGUCCUUGAAGAUUGCAGCUAAGUUGGAUAAUUAAUUACCAGUUUAUACAGAUACAUCAGU